AUGAAACGUCUGCUGCUAGGAGCCCAGAGGGGUGCGCUUUUGGCGGUAACGGGGGCAUAUCGUACCACGAGUACGGAUGCUCUGCCUGUGCUGGCGGGAGUUCUCCCUCUGGACCUGGCCGCGAGACAAUGGGGCCGUUUGGCUAGGAGUAGGAGAUUAGGGCUCGGGAGGGAGCAUAUGGACAGGGUAGAGGAGGAAGGUCUUGCAGAGUGGCAAGCACGGUGGGAGGCUAGUGAGAAGGGUAGACUCACAUAUAGCUACUUCCCAUGCGUGAAAGAAAGUAAAAUGAAAAGAUUUUUAGAAAGCGAAAGCACAAAUACUAAAAAACAGAAAACACAGGCGAAUCGUAAAUAUGACGAUAGUUACUUACAAUUUGGAUUCGUUGUAAAAUUUGGUUCUGAAAAUUCUACUCCGUUACCUCAAUGUGUAAUUUGUCAAGAAACACUUUCAAAUCAAAGCAUGAAGCCAUCGCUACUUAAGCGCCACCAAUUAUCGAAGCAUCCAGAAACAGAAAAUAAUCCCAUUGAAUUUUUUCAGAGAAAAUUAACUGCAUUCCGAAAGGAAUCGAAAUGCAUGUCUAGUUUUACAAACUUUAAUGAAAAUAUCGUUAAAGCAUCUUAUUUAGCGAGUUUAAUUAUUGCUAAAAAUGGAAAACCACACACAAUUGGGGAAACACUAGUGUUGCCAGCAGCAAAAGAAAUCGUGCGAUGUGUUCUUGGAGACAAGGCUGCAAAAGAGAUUGAAAAAGUGUCACUUUCAAACGAUACUGUCAAAAGAAGAAUUGAUGACAUGUCGUCAAAUAUAAAAAAUAAAUUAUUGCUUUAUUUGAAAGAUUGUAAUUUCUUUGCUCUACAAAUUGAUGAGAGUACUGAUAUUACUAACAUGGCUCAAUUAAUGGUAUUUAUACGUUUUGAUCGCAAUGAUGAAAUUAUUGAAGAGUUUUUGUUUUGUAAGCCUUUACAAACCCACACAACAUCUGAAAUUAUUUUUACCACCAUUAAUGAAUAUUUGAUUGAAAUAAAUCUGCCGUGGAGUAAAUGUGUGGGUUUUUGUUCUGAUGGAGCAAGGGCAAUGACUGGAAGGCUGAGCGGAGUUGCAACAAGAAUAAAAAAAGUUGCCCCAUUAUGUAAAACUAUGCAUUGCAUGAUUCACCGGCAAGCAUUAGCAUCUAAAAACAUGCCUAAAAGUUUAAAAUUAGUUCUUGAUAGUGCUGUAAAAAUCGUAAAUCUAAUCAAAGCCAGACCUCUCAAUUCAAGACUAUUCACAGUAUUAUGUAAUGAAAUGGGCAGUACUCAUAAAUCCCUUCUUCUCCACACAGAGGUAAGGUGGCUUUCACGAGGAAAAGUCCUCACCAGGCUAUUCGAGCUAAGGUCAGAAAUUUUAUUACUUCUGACUGAUAUUGAUGAAGAAAAGUCCAAAUUGUUUUGUGAUGACGAAUGGCUGUCAAGACUAGCUUACAUGGCUGACAUAUUUGAUCGUUUAAAUAUUUUAAAUUUAAGUCUGCAAGGUUCAAACACAAACAUGUUUUAUGCUAGUGAUAAAGUUAAUGCAUUUGUGAGAAAAUUGGAUUUAUUUAUUUCUCAAGAUAACUCAGAAAUGAAAUGGAUCAUAAACCCUUUCGAAGAUGAUUAUAUUAAAAACAUUCCAGAAGGUAUUUUGGCAAAAGAAUUAUUUAUUGACUUAACCAGUGACUCUACCCUAAAAACCGCUUUCAAAACCAAAAAUAUCACUAAUUUUUGGCUGGACGUGAAACAAGAACACUCGGCAUUGUCCACACAAGCUUUACAGUUUCUAAUCCCUUUUGUAUCAACAUAUCUGUGUGAAAAUACAUUUUCUCACUAA